AUGCCACCCAUCAUCGCAGGGCGACCCCGACGCAAAGUUCGCUUCCCAGCCGCUGCCAGCGCCAACCCACCGCCCCAGCAGAAAAUCAUAUCGACGCCGCUCGCCACCGCGCCGCACCAGCAGAGGUCCCAGCAGAGGCCCCAGCAGAAGCGCCCGGGGGAGACCCAACCUUCUUCUCCGAGACCCAAGGGCAAAUCCUCCGGGAUGGCCAGCCAAGACGAGCCCCGGCCGGGGAUCCCAGCCUUAUUCACGCAGCCGCCUCUCAUCCGCGACCCGCUCGUGACGGAGACGACUGAUCUGCAGGACGCAACCCUGGAGAAAUGCCUGCCGUUCCUCAAGGGCCUCCAUACCAGUCAAAAGGGCCCCUUCAAUGCAUGCGGCGUGCCUGCGCUCCAGCGUGACGAUCAUGUCGCCUACCUCUACGAUUCCCUGGAAGAUUACCCCGCCGGCUUUGUCGCCAUGGAUGCCAGUCGCCCAUGGAUGGUUUACUGGGCGCUGGCUGGCUUGACGCUGUUGGGCGAGGACCCGACGCGCUUUCGUGAGCGGGUGCUGGGAACACUUCGUCCCAUGCAGAACCCCACCGGCGGCUUCGGUGGCGGGCAUGGCCAAAUAUCACACCUUGCCGGAAGCUAUGCGGCCGUUCUCGCACUCGCCUUAGUUGGGGGCGAGGACUCCUUUGCAUUGAUCGAUCGCCAAGCGAUGUGGCGCUGGUUGGGCCGAUUAAAGCAAGCAGAUGGAGGCUUCAGUGUCACGGAAGGCGGGGAAGAAGACGUGCGCGGUGCAUACUGCGCGGCAACUAUUAUCUCACUCCUCGAUCUGCCCCUGACUCUGCCGCCUGAUGCAGAGAAAGCCCGAGCAGUAGGUCUCGAGACUCUGACGGACGGACUGGCAGAAUAUCUGUCACGCUGUCAAUCCUUCGAGGGUGGCAUCUCCGGGAGUCCCGGGGUCGAGGCGCAUGGAGCAUAUGCCUUCUGUGCACUCGCUUGUUUGUCUAUUCUGGGACCACCUGAAGAGACCAUUCCCAGGCACAUGAAUGUACCCCUGCUGCUGUCAUGGCUGUCUGCUCGGCAGUAUGCCCCUGAGGGUGGCUUUUCCGGCCGAACGAACAAGUUAGUCGACGGUUGCUACAGCCAUUGGGUCGGUGGGUGCUGGCCCCUGCUGCAGUCUGCUUUGGAUGGGAAGCCACAAUCGCCUGGUGCUCCCCAAACAACAGUCGGAAAUCUUUUCAGUCGCGAGGGACUGGACCGAUAUAUCCUCGGAUGCUGUCAAAACCCCAGGGGCGGGCUUCGAGACAAACCGGGCAAGCAUGCGGAUUCUUAUCACACCUGCUACGUUCUGACAGGCUUGAGCGCAACGCAACACUACCACUAUCGCACGGACUUGAGUCCCUCGUCCAGCGAGAACUUUGCCUCGGCGUUCUCCUGGCAGUCGUCGCCUGUACGUUCAGACGACAACGUGUACGAGAAGAGCGACUGUCUAGUCGCCUUUCACCCGCUCUAUGUCAUCCCGCACCAGGCGGCCGCGAACAUGCGGGUCUGGUGUGAAGGCCAGCCCAUUGCGACCUAA